AUGACAACUACCUUAAAUUUAUAUAUUUACCCGUGUCACAGGUAUGCAAUCUUAUGUAAUAUCAUAUUUGCUGAGGAAAAAUCUGAUUCAUCCAAUAAAAGUCGAAAGUACGUAAGAAAAUGUCCUGGUCGAAGACUUUGUACUGUUGAACAACUUGAAGCAGCUAAAAAGUUGAUAAAAAAAGGCCAUAGUCAACGUAAGGCAGCAAGUAUACUGGGUAUUAGUGAAAGUACAUUGCGGAAACGUUUGAGACUUAACUUUGCUGCAACAUCUUUGGGUCGGUAUAGGCCUACAUUUAGCAAUGCACAAGAAGAGGAAAUCUAUAGCUAUUGCAAAUUUAACAAUGAUAGGAUCUGCGGUCUAACUUUGGGCAAACUACGAAAAAUUGCCUAUGAAUUUGCAGAAAUCAAUAAGAUUGAAAAUAAAUUUGACAAGUCCAAAAGAAUGGCGGGAAAGGACUGGGCACAUGGUUUUAUAAAACGUCACCCAGAUUUAGAUAUUAAACCAACUGUAAAGGGAGAGUUACUUCAAUUAUACACUGAAUAUACACCCAAGCGACAUAUUUGUGAUAUUUGUGGAAUCUCGGUUACUAGCGUAUAUAGUUUAAGAAAUCACAUGAGGACUCAUAGUGGAGAAAAACCAUUUAGUUGUGAUUUCUGUGGAAAAGCCUUUACAACAAUGAAAUCGUUAAAAGUGCACAGACGAGUUCAUACGAAAGAAAAACCUUUUGUUUGUAGUGUUUGUAAUAGAGGAUUUUCCCAGUCAGGGUCUUUACAGGUCCACAUGCGGAGUCAUACCGCUAUUUUCAGAUGGAAGGAUAUAUUAUUAAACCAAGAAUCGGAAGGCCAAAAUUAUCAAUGUACCAUAUGCACUGAAAUAUUUGAAUCGAAAAAGCAAUUUUUGGAACAUAAUAUGCAGUUAUUUGGCGAUUUGUAUACUUGUUGUAAAUGUCAGGAAAGUUUUAAAACGUGCGAGGAACUCUACGAACAUCACGACUCCCAUAUAGAUGAAAACGAAUCGAUUAUUUUCCAAUCUGAAGAUGAUAAUGCGUUCGAUGGUGAAGUGGUUGAAGAAGAGGUCGAGGAGUUAAUACUGAGUUAUAAUGAGGAAGAAGUCAACGUCCAACAAGCAGCCCAUGAUGCAAACGAACUUUUGUAUAUUCUCGAUGAUUCCCAAUGCGUAAACGAGGUGGUAAUUCAGGAAGAAGAACCUGUUGUUGAAAGGAGAUCUGAGAAUGUGGCAAUCGUAAACUUGGAGCACGGUUAUAUGAUUCGUUCAAACUUGUUACAUAAGCCUGAGACUGUAAUACAGGAGGAGUACGAGGAGGACGAGGCUGGUGGCAGUAUUGAAAUUCUAGUAGACCAAGACAUAGGGUUUAAUAAAUCGUCGCCAUCGACUAGCAAAAUCAAUCAAAAGCCCAGAACCCAGUUGAAGCGUCGACAUGAAGUGCCGGAUUUUUCCGCGAGCAAUUAUGAUUACAUUAACGCAAACGAUGAGAUUGGCGUGCCGCACUAUAAAUGUCUGAGAUGUGAACAACUUUUUAUAAAUAAAAUUGUGUUUUUUCGCCAUAUCGAAAAAGGUAAAUGUUACAUUAACAACUGUGACGUGUGCAGUGAAACGUUCAACAAAAACAGUGACUUUUAUUUACAUUAUGCUACGGAACACACUGACCGUGCCAUAUGCAAUUUUUGCUUUAGAACAUUUAUGUACGAGAAGAAUGUCAAGGAGCAUAUGCUCAGGCAUUUGGACCAAUUUCGACAUAGGUGCGAAGAAUGUAACAAAGGUUUUUAUACUGUUAGGGAAUAUCGAAACCACUAUAAAAAUAGGCAUAUGGGAAUUAGACACAAAUGUGAAACUUGCAAUCGAAGUUUCGCGGACGAAUACUAUUUCAAGAGGCACAUUGCCACACACGCCAAAGCGAAUAACAUUACCUUUGUACAAAUUCAGGAAAAAUCAUAA